CAGGGGUCUCGGGCAACAGACGGCAACCUACCACUGGGCAGGGGCUUCGGGCAUCGGGCAACAGGCUGCAAACCUACCAUCUGGGCAUGGGGCCUCGGGGGACUCAACGGGACUCUAGCUGUGGAGGCUGGCCACAGCACAGCUCCCACCCAGCUUUCUAGGGUCAUUGGGUUCACAGGGACUCAACAGGUAGCGAUGGCUCAAGCACUCAGGGGCACCACAGGACACGGGUGGUCAGUGCACACACAGCGGGACGGUUCGGAACACGGGUGGUUGGUGCACACAUCGGGGACAGUUUUCAGAACAUGGGUGGUCGGUGCACACAACAGGAACAGUUCAGGACACGGGUGGUCAGUGCACACAGCAGGAACAGUUCAGGACACGGGUGGUCAGUGCACACAGCAGGAACAGUUCAGGACACGGGUGGUCAGUGCACACAGCAGGAACAGUUCAGGACACGGGUGGUCAGUGCGCGCAACA